AUGUCAUCUACACCAUCCCUCCUUCUCCUCCCAUCACCACCCCGUCCCUCAUCCCCCAUAACACUCUCCGCUGCAUACCGCGACACCCUAACCUCCCUCCUCCUCAAGCUCAAAUCCUCUCCCACGCCCCAAACCCUCGUCAUCGUCCUCGCCCUCCCGCUCCUUGAAGGUCCAGCCCCACGUGUCAAGUCCAUCCGCUGGUCCACGGCGCAGUCUCUUCUUGCGGGUCUGUACACCCUUGUCUCCGUCAUUUGCGCAAAGGAGGAUAUUCCCGUUGAUAUUGGCGCUGGGGUGGGCAGUGUGGAUGUUAGGGUUGUUCUUGUUGAUCAUGACCUUGGGAGGCGGUAUGAGCCGGACUUUGAUGGCGGGUAUGAGGCAAACUGCACUGCUGUGUUGGACCUUGCUGCUUUUGCGACAAAGAGGAGGCCCUGGAAGACUGUCUACCAUCCAAGCUGCGAGGCGGGCUACGAGCUGCUAUCCCUGUUUCUCAAGUUCGCCGAGGGAAAGCAGACGUUUACACAGAGUCAGCUCGUGGCUAUCGAAGGCGGCAUCAGUUUGACGACAGAACCCGGCACUCUAUCAUCAGACCUCCAGAAAGGCUUCAAGACUGUCUGUCUAGGCGGGACUUUCGACCAUCUUCACCCAGGUCACAAGCUCCUCCUUCACGCUUCCGCCCUCCUCCUGGCAAUCCCGGAUAAAAAGUCGACCGAGACGUGCACCCUCAUCAUCGGCAUAUCCAGCGACGAACUCCUCGCAAAGAAGAAAUACGCCGAAGAGCUUCAAUCCUGGGACGACCGUGUACAAACAGUUCUCUCCUUCCUAAGCACACUGCUAGAGUACGACACAACAGCACCUCAACCCCCAACAACAUCCAAACCCGGCGAACUAGUAGCCUCCCUCCGCGAGGGCAGGAUCCUCGUCCGAUGCAUAAUCCUCCGCGACCCCUUCGGCCCGCCAAUCCACGAGGAAGACGCCGACGCCAUCGUUGUGUCCGCAGAGACGCGGAGCGGAGGGAAAGCGAUCAACGAUCGCAGGGCGGAGAAAGGGUGGAGGCCCCUAGAGGUGUUUGAGAUUGACGUGCUGGAUGCGACAGAGGUUGGGGAGGGUGAUAUUAGCAAGACGGAGGAUUUUGCGGCAAAGAUUAGUAGUACGACUAUUAGACAGCAGAGGGCUGAGGCCAAAAGACAGUAA